GAAGGGAGGUAGGCGAGGGCAGGAGCGGACGGGGGCGGACCCUAGAGGCAAGGGCGCGGGGCCGAGAGACAAAGAGAGAACCAUCUCAUUGCAGCAUGAACUUCCGUCGUGGCCUCCAGCCACUGCGCACGAUUGCAGCUACCAGCCAACAGUAGCUGAGCUCAGGCCUUCGGAAACCACCGAUACAGAACCCCACAUAGAGAAAGAGAAACAGACAGAGAAAGAGAGAGAGAGAGAGCCCGAGGGGAGGAGGGACAGAAUGUCCGGAGCGCUCCGCAGAGCUCCACCGCAAAAGCAGCCGCACAGCUCUGGCGAAGCGCCACUCCUGUGUGUCGCCGGGGGGGGGGGAUGGGCAGAAGAUCCGGAGCGUUCCGCAGAGCUCCCUGGGGGUGGCCUUGCCCCGCCCGACGGUCUCCGUCGAGCGCGGCGGCCCCUGCAGACAAAAGAAGACGGACCUGCUGGCUGCCAGAGCGUGGCGCGGAGGAGGGGGAAGGAGGAGGAGGGGGAAGGAGGGCGAGGGGACGACGAGGGCGAGGAGGACGAGGAGGAGGUUGGCGCAGCAUCCACGGCAACGACGCCGGAUGCAGCACCGUGGCGCAGAGGCACGGCGAGCACUGCGCCGCGUCGGGCACGCGCCAUCCCUGAAGGCGCCACCGGCUGGCGAUCCCUGCGCGUCGUUCACGGUGGCGAUCGUGUGCCCGCCGUCUUCCUGCUCGCGACACCAAUACUGGAUAGUACGCCGUGCACGUGGAGGCAAGGGUCGCGAGAGGGUUGAGGAUCGUGCUAGGCUGCCUGGCUGUGACCGCCUCGAUCAAAACGACGGCAACGAGUACUACCAUGGCGUACGUGUGGGAACCUGGCUCGGGCAUCGCUGCGAGCGCCAUAGGUGCUAAGCUUAGUGUGAGGUGGGCAAGGUGCAGAAUGCGGCGUUUUUGAGGGUGUGAGGAAAUUGGUGGCACAAUCUCCAACAGCUUGAACCAAAAAGCGGCUGCAGAGGCGGAGGGUGAUGACGAGGGGAACAGGAGAGCUGGGAUCAGGAGGACGG